AUGUUUGCCGCCUCCUGUAUCUGCCUGCUGGCCGCCGCCGUCUCCGCCGCCGCCAACCCUGACGGAUUUCAAGAUGGAGGAGCCAAGUCCAGGAGGAUCCCAGGGUUGUUUCCUCGACCUUUCGUUGGCAGAAGCAAUCCUUCCGCGACAUGGCUGGUUGACCUAUCAGACUUGGGUGAAAAUGAUGGGAAGCCCAAAAGAGGGGAGAUUUCCGGCCUGUUCGCCUACCCGAGGGUGGGGCGCAGUGGGCCGGACUCUCUAAUACAAACAGCAGAUCUACCCCAAGUGCCGCACGGUCUGCCGGGAGGACGCUACCACAUGGCAGCCAAGCGAGACGGUGACAGCAGUACGGGUCUGUGGUUUGGUCCUCGCCUGGGCCGCAGCAGCAAGAGAAACGACCCCGGACACGAGUCUCCGUGGGCAGUCAUCGCUGUCAGAGACUCGCCGUCUGCCUUCACACCAAGGCUCGGCCGAGAGUCCAACGAAGACUUCUCCGAAGACUACGACAGUAACAAGCAUCUCCAUGCAGAGCGAGUGUAGGCAGAGUAGUGUACGGCGCUGGCUACAACCCCUCUGUAAAUCAUUUGAAAAUACACGCUUACAUCAAUGUUCAUAAUUUUUUAACAAGUCUCAUUUAUUUACCAAUUAUCUUAUUUUUUUAGCAUUGAGAUGUUUUCAGUCUUAGGACGAUCCAACAAGUGUUGUGUGUAUUUCUUGUAAAAAAUGUCGACCAGUUUCCUAAGCAGAGGGGUACUUUAACUUGUACAUACAAGCCUAUGUUUAGUUACAAAAUAUCAUGCUGUAGAUUCAAAUAAAGCUAUUUUGUUUCAAGA